UUGCUGUUUAAUCCCGUAUUAAAGUACAGUUUAUAAAACAGUGAAGUUGUAAAUCCCUUUCCAUCGCCGUUUGCGUAGGCAAAUCUCCGAUGUUUUAAAUUUAGGGGAUCUUCCUGUGGUCUUGGGGCCCCCUCUAGGUAGAGCAUGAGACUCGUCAUCUCAGGGGAGUGGGUUCGUGUCCCACGUCUUGCGCCGUGGGUCCUCCGUGUUGGAGGUUGGGCACAAGGCUAGCAACCCUGUUCCGUAAAAACGGAUAUUGCGGUAACAGCAGAAGGGAGGCAUAACGGGCGAACAUCCGCCCUGUGGUCUGUGCUCCGCAGUCAGUGUAACCCAUCUCAGUUGUGCUUGGAGCAGAGCUGACAGGCGUGCCGAUGCCAAACUUCACCGACAGACGCAAUGUCACAUACCUGUACUUGUUUUUGCGCACAGACAGGCACCUCUGGGCAGGUCUGUGUCCCAUGGAAGUAAACAGACUUUUAGUUAUUCUGCAGCGAGGCUGAGUGAAGAACGACGUCCUUGUGCAGAGCUGCUGUUUUCCUGGGUUUGGAGAGCGUUUAUGGAGAGCCGCUCGCUUCACUUGGAGAGACAAAUGGACGUGUCACUGAAUGGCGUUGCGAACAACACGACAGAUGCCAAGUACUGGCCCCUCAGGGUGGCGUUGAUCACGAUUUACAGCUGCGUCCUCCUGGGUGGCAGUGUGAGCAUUGGACUGGUGAUCUGCGUCCUGAAGUCGAACAUACGGUCCGUGACGACGACCGCCGUGCUUAAUCUCAUUGUGGUGCAUAUCAUCUUCCUGCUGACGGUGCCCUUCCGCAUCCAUUACUAUGUCACGGACACUUGGGAUCUGGGCCCCUUCUUCUGCAAGCUGGUCAGCGCCAUGAUCCACGCCCACAUGUACAUCGCGUUUGUCUUCUACGUGGCGAUCCUGGUGGUCCGAUACCGGUCCUUCUACCUGAAGAGGGACAAGGUGGAAUUCUACAGGAAGCUUCACGCCCUGUGGGCCAGCGCAGGGGUCUGGGGAAUCAUGCUGGUGAUCGUGCUGCCCAUUUACAUUACCAAGUACGGAAAUUCUGGAAACUAUACUUCAUCCCAGUGCUUCCGUUUUGAAAGUGAGCUGAAGGAGACUUACGUGGUUGUACUGAACUACGUGAUCAUUAUCAUUGUCGUGUUAGUUGCGUCUGGACUGAAGGGAUUCCAGAUGUAUAUCUUUUGGAAAAUCCUGAGAAGAUACAGGAGUGAGUGUUCCUCCUACCAGGAGUUCUGGGCACAGGUUAAAAGUUUUGCGUUUGUCAUGGUGAUGUUUGUAUGUUUUGUUCCAUAUCAUGUCUUUAGGAUCUAUUACUUAGUGAAACAGAAUAACGAGGAUGAAAAAAUGGACCUUCACUGGCAGAACGAAGUCUUUCUUGCCCUGACGGCUCUCAGCUGCUUUGACUUGCUAACCUUUGCAGGAAAAGCCUCUUGCAUUGCCUGCAACAGCGCGUGUAGUAAACUCAAGAGCUUCCUUCCAUGCUGCUGAAUGGAUGUGUGAAUGGAUGUGCUAUAUUGUCUUCUACGAAGAAUUUAAUUGCCACUCUUUACUUGCUAUAUCCAUGGCUCUGUUGCAAGUGGGCUACUGAAUGUAAAACAAAUUGAAUUGAAUCAGUAAAUUACUGAAUAGAGUGUUACUGCUUGGACCUCUGGUUUUUCGAAUUUGACAUUUUGAUUCCAUUGGUCAGGCUCCCGUAUUUGUUUACAGAAUAAUGUCAUUUCCCGUCACAGUGCUGUACAUAUAAUGGGGGACCCACUUUGGGCAGCUCAUCCACGGAGGCGCAGCCCCCCCGGGUGAUGCUCAGGGGAGCAGGUAGUGAACUGAGAUGUCGUGCCAGCAGUUGAAUUAAGAAGGCAUUUGAGGAAGGUCAGAAUUUUACAAGCCCAAGGUAGUGUUUAGCCAGGACAGUGGUUGACAGUCCAACUCGUCACACAAGUGCCAUGAGAUCAUUUUAUUGUGGUCCAGGGGUCAUGGCCAAUUAGUCAGUACUUUCCAAGAGUUGAACCCAGGGCCCCAGCUCAGUGAGGAAGCAGGGCUCACCCCUGAGCCGACAUGCUGCCCGGAGAUCAAAAGCCAUUCAGCUUCAAUAUUCACAAACUGGAACUGGUGAAGGCUAGAAUCAUCAGAAAAUCUUAAAGUUUUGUCUAAUUCUUCGACUCACAAUUAACUUAGGGAUGUCUGAGUGACUGUCUUUACAAUUUCAGUAUCUCACUUAUCAAAGGUAAGUAACUUGAGUACCCAGUCGACUUUGAUUUCAGUUAUUUUUUGAUGAUCACAUAUCUGUUUACUUGAGAAACAAAUUGGAAAGUAUUCAGGGAAAGAAAAUAUAUAGCGUAUGUGGACAGUGAAUUUUCCCUUCUUUGGAGCCUUUUAGCCAAUGGCAUAGGAUUUUAUAAUGCCAUAAAAAUUGUAAGUUGAGGUUAUUGUUUUAGCUUUUACCAAACAUAUGUAUUAAAAUCAGUCUACAUGAAAAGGAAACGUUGGUUCAAAAACAGCACCCUAAUUCUACUUCACUACUUUAUAUACUUAUACUGCCACCUUGUGGCCUCAUUUAGAGACCUAAAAUACAGAUUGUUACCUAUGUUAUUAAUUUUCAGGCACUGCUUUUAUGGAUUAAUAUAGCUGCAUGUUCGAUUUAUAUGAACAUUUUCUUAUGGUGUUUUCAAUUUAAAAAAUACGCUUAAUACUUUAAAGAGACUUAUCUUCUAUGUGGCAGUCGUCCCCGCUGAUUAUGUUGAACGUCUGUGUACAGAUGAACUCUACACUAGAGUCCACUAGUGAUAAGGGUGUGGAGAGCGUUAAAGAAUUACUGAUUGCCACAAAAAGCAAGUUUUAACCUCAGGUGAUAACGGUAAUGAAACUGUCCAUAGUUUUUUUUUCCAACCCUCAGUGACGUUAUUGCCAAAGUAAACGUCCCGUCUCAAUAAUUUAAAAAAACGGAAACUGAAACUUCAAUCUGCUGUUUCCGCAUAAUCAUUAACACACAAUCCGUCCAUUUUAGAGAAUAGAUACAGUCAAAACUGUCGCUGGUACAGCUAUAGCUUCACGGACAGCCAGUAAACAAGUUUUGUUAAGACGAUUAUCGGGUAAUUUAAGACUCUUAAUUUAAAACAAGUAGAAUAUUUUAUGAACAAUACAGGUGUUGAAAACGUAUUGGUGGACUUAUUCUGCGGUGGUUUUGUAGUAUUAAAAUGAACAUUUGGAGCACACAGCACACUACACACUUAACAGCUUUAAGCUUUUCUGCUGUAGUGCCUCAGUGCCACCUGGCGACAAAAAAUAAAAACGCAGUCUUUAAGGAACUCUGUAAAUUCCCAAAAUUAUCCCAGAUUGUCUCUCGCAUCAAGGCAUCGCCAGUAAUGAUAGUAAUCUGGAAUAUCACGGUCAGCAUCAUCAGGAGACGUUUGCGUACAUCAGAAUAGCCAAGAUGAAUUUACUGAAAGGGAAAGAGACUGAAAAUGAACUGUGGUAGUGGUCCUUUGAGAAAAGAGUAUAUUAAAAUACUAUGCUAAUUCAAAAUAAAAGGAAGAUUACAUUGGUUAAAACACAUGAACUAAAUAACGUUUAAGUUUAGAUUUAUAGUUUUAUAUAGUGGCAAAGUAUAGUCUUUGUGAAACUACACUGCUUUGUAUUGUGUAUCAUGAAGAGUGAUGUGUGUUAGUGCAGGGUUAGUUCAGUCACUUGAAUGAUUCACAGGCAAAGGAUAUAAUUAUUUUAGACUUUUUUAAUUUGUUGAGAAAGUCUGAUGUGAAUAAAAAUAUUCUUCCCUCUGCAUUUUGAAGUUGGAACUUCUAAUUUCAGCAGAGGUAAGAUCAGUAAACCAAGGAUCUCUGAUCUCUGUUGUUGUACUGUAGCUCCCCAAACCAAUUUUGAGUUAAUGCUCCCUACCUGCACAUUGCAUGGUUAAUAGUGAUGUUGAUUUCAAACACAAAUAUUUUCUGAUAGCUUCUGUUAGCUUCUUUCCAAAAUACUGUUCUAAUGCAUCCCCUUCUAAAGGUCAUCUGCCUGCUUUCAUGCAAAUUAUCAACCCGGAAAUCAGCCUGAAAAUUCCUGUUGUUGAUUCUCCAAUAAAGAAUGUGCACUAAAUACACGAAGAUAUGUUUGUAGAAGCAUGUUUGUAUUAUUCCUUCAAUUAAAGAUGUUUACAAUUUUA